AAUCAACUGUCUUGACUAGUCCCAACCAUCUCUCGGAUGUAGAGAGGUACUUCGACAUGCCAUGCCUCUACGGCAUCCUCCCGCGAUAUAUAUCUCUCCAACAAAAUGGGGUCGCUUAUCAAUAACCAUACCCAAUCACACUGAUAAUGGCCAUCAUCCGAGGACCUUGUUAGAAGCGCUGAGCAUUGCUUGUCAUCUAUUGGUCUUACGGAAUAGGAGUAGCAACAACAAAAAAAAGCAAUUCCAGCAACUCCAACUACUGCAGCUCAAACGUGACACUCCCAAGAUGGCUGACGUCAGGACACGUUGCAGGGCAAUAUCAGCAACCACAAGAAGAUGAAAAGAGUCCUCCGUGUUGAGACCUCUUGAGACUCUUGCCCCUCUAUUUGUCCAUAGCACCGUGGCUGUGGUCAGUUGGUGAAGCUACCUGAUCUCUAGGGGGCCAUAUUACCAUUAUUAUGGGAGGUGGUGAUCGAUUUCCCGGCCGGCCCUCAGUCUCCCAGCCCCUCCUUUCCAACUCUCUCAUUCAACCUUCUGCGAAGCGACGACAUCUUCAAGCCGUAGUUGAUCUGGGAAGCAACGGAAUACGAUGCUCCGUCUCCGACCUCUCGUCUCCGACCGCGCGUAUCCUGCCGACCGUGUACCUGCGACGGGUCGACAUUUCCGUCUACGACGCCCAGUUUGACGACGAGACCGGCUGUCAAAUCCCCAUCCCCAAGCAUGUUAUCAAAUCGGUAGUCGGGGCGAUCGUUCGCUUCCAGAUUACGUGUGCGCAAAUCGCCACGCGCACCGCACUCAAUGCAGACGAGUUUGUCGAUGCCAUCCGACGCGCCACCAACGUCUCGGUUGAGACUCUGCCCAAAGAAUUGGAAGGAACAAUUGGAGCAUGGGGGAUUGCCAGCAGCUUUUCCGACAUCGAAGGACUGGCCAUGGAUUUGGGGGGAGGGAGCAUGCAGAUGACCUGGAUCAUCUCGCAUGCAGGCAGUGUUCGCAUCAGCCCCAAGGGGUCGUUCAGUUUUCCCUACGGAGCAGCCGCCUUGACACACAAACUCAAUCAACUGCGGAAGGGGAAGAGCCCGGACGAGGCGCAUCGGGCGGAGGAGGCAUUCCGCCGGGAGAUGGAGAGCAAUUUCCGCAGGGCCUUUGAGCAGCUGGAGAUUCCUCAUAGGCUGGUGGAAAAAGCUCGGACCGAGGGGGGCUUCCCUCUCUAUCUGUCCGGGGAGGAUUUCUAUUACCCCAUCUCCAUCAUCAACGGCUACUCCGCUCCCAAGGAGGACUUUGAAAACACCGAAGUCCUCAAAAAGGUCGCUCGGACCGCCCGAGACAUCUUCCGCGUCUCCGAUCGCCGUCGUGAACAGGUCCCCUCGGUCGCAUUCCUGGUCAAUGUGCUGGCCAAAUCGGUGCCGUACGGCAUCAAAGAAGCUCACUUCUGCCAGGGCGGCGUCCGCGAGGGCCUUCUCUUCCGCGACAUUCCUCCCUUUGUUCGACAGCAGGAUCCGCUAGAGGUAGCGACCACCGCCUUUGCCCGGCCCUCCGCGCAGGUGAUCGCCUUCCUCAUGUUUGGCGCCAUCCCCGCACGCACCGAAGAGAGAACCUUUCCCCCAUCAAUCCGCGGGACCCUAAUCCAGGCCUUUGCCAAUUCGCUAUUUGUGCACGCCGCCAUGUCCAAGGAGUUGUCCUCGACUGCUGCGCUGUACAGCACCAGCGCCGGUCUGCUCGCGUCCACUCACGGCAUCCCUCACGCCGACCGCGCACGCCUGGCGUUGAUGCUGCAGGAGCGAUAUGGAGGGGAACUGCCCCCGCGGGAGAAAGAUUUCAAGUUUCGGUUGCGGGAGCUGCUGACACCCGAGGAGGUCUGGUGGAUCCGAUACUUGGGGAAGCUGGGACUGGUGAUCGCCCGACUCUAUCCCAUUGGAAUGAUAGACCCGGCCCGACCGCGAAUCGCAACCGAGGCACGAUGGGCCAGCAAUCUGGGCAAACAUGGAAAUAAGACAGGCAUUGAGCUGAAAGUCUUUGUGCAAAAGGUGGCGUAUGACCCCACGCAGUUGAAGUCCGAACUGGAGCGGGAUGUUCGCAAAAUCCACAAGGUAGGCAAGAGGAAGAAUUGGAUCGGGGGAGAGACGGCUGGGGGAUGA